AUGGCUGACAACAAACCUUCAACAAACUGUCACGUUCUUCUAUUUUUGAACGCCUCUUCAUCUACACUUCCAAUCCCGCGCAUUACCCUCAAGAGCAUCCAAUCACCCACGCCACUCCUCCCAGCCAACCCCUCAAUCACCACCAUGUCCUCCAGCGAAGCGCCAAAGGGAAGUCCUCAAACGAAAGAAAUGACCGACUCCGAAAUCUCAGAUACCCCGGGAAAACGCUCACGCUCCCAAUCCCGCCGCGCCCGCCGCCGAAAGGCCCAGCAGAAACCUCAAGAAAAGAAAAAGCAAAUGCCCUCAUUGAACGAAGACGGCGAAGAAGAAGAUGAAGCAGAAUCGUCCUCCCCCGAAGCAAACGGCGGCGCCACGCAACCCCUCCAGCACGUCGGCGGCGACGAGAAAUCCAUGGACGGUCCAGUCACACACGCGCGCGCGCAGCGCGGGGAGAUGCCGGUGCGGGGUGGGAAGCCGAAUCAGGGGAAGGGGGAGAAGAAAGAGGGGCAAAGCGAGGAGAUGAUGAAGCAGGAUGGGUUGAAGUUGAGACUGGAGUUGAAUUUGGACAUAGAGUUGGAGUUGAAGGCGAGCAUUCGAGGUGAUAUUACGUUGGCGCUUUUGGCAUAG